AUGGGGUCGUUGAAUCGUCUGAGAUCCGCUCAUCAGGCGGAUAUCAAGGGUAAAGGGAUCCUCUAUGAGGAUGAUGAUGCACCCAUUAAGCUGGUGGAUCGCGAUGAUUCUUUUGUAAUCAAGGAGUUUGGUUUGGCUCUCAUUGGCAAGAUUCUUAAUCCAAAGAAGCAGAAUGUUGAGAAGCUGUUGCAAACAAUGCCUUCUCAAUGGGGUUUGUCUGAGAGAAUUACCGCAAGUGAUCUAGGGAAUGGGAAGUUUUUAUUAAACUUCAUGACUGAGGAGGACCUGAACUCGGUGCUGAGACGAGGCCCAUUCCACUAUAACUUCUCUCAUUGGCUUCCCCCUUCACCUUUGGACUGA